AUGGCGGCGCCGACGAAUGAGGUGAUGGAGGCCGAUGAGGCGGCCGCUCUUGCACACGGCAUCUCCGGCGGUGCUGGUGGUGAUAGACUGCAAAAUGAGCUCGCCAUGGUCUUCCCCAAUGAGAACAUCAGCGUUGAACAGUUCAACAAACUCUUUGGUGAUCGUUUGCGAACUCUCUUUCUCUCCUUUCCCAACGACAAAAUGAUCAAGCGCGACGAUGACAUUCCUCCGGGCUUCAUUGGUGUUCGCGGACGGCGGGGUUCCCGAUCACCGAGAGACUUUCAGGAGAUUCUUCGAUCUCUGCUGAACAACGGCAGUCCAGGCGGACAGCUGAUGGUGACGCCGGAGAUGCACAACUUCAUCAAGGGACAGAUGAAGAAAAGCGACUCGAACAAUGUCUACAAGGACGGGUUCCUCGGUGUUCGAGCCCACAAAGUGGCCGUUACUCACUGCUCGGCAAUUGUCAAUCGUGGGAGUGCAGCCAACUCUAAGCUGCAUUUAAUCACAAUCGGAACAGAUAGUGAUGACUUAUUGCCAGUGCUGAAAGUUUGGCGAAUUAAUGAUUCAGCCCUUUCGGCGGAUACUGAAGAUCUCCUUCAAUCUUCGGCAAACACCACGGGCAGCGAAGGUACCGAGUUAGAGGCACCGAGACCAGGGAGCAACAACAAAACUCCCAUUGGCACUUGCGUUCGCAGUAUCAAGUUCAGUCACAGUACACCACAGCUGGCGGCCCUAAGCCCACACGUCUCCGUAACGGUGCUCGAUUCACUGAAUGACUCGCUGGUUGUGGUAGGCUUUAAUGACGGCCACUGUCUGACAGUGCGGGGCGAGCUGACCCGAGAUACGCGAAAUAUCAAACUGAAGCUACUGCAGGUGUCCUCCACGGGAAACUCAAUCACCGGUGUGGCCUUCUGCAGUCACACGCGAACCUACAAGCCCACUUCCAAGGCCUUCAGAACAUUCAAUGCAAACACCUCGGGAACACGACAGCAAAUUGUGCUCUUCGUAUCAACCCGUAAUGAGAUUUGCAUCUUUGAUCUCACACACCGAGAAUCGAAAGAGAAGGAGCUUAAAACAGUAUUAGACUCCUUUGGCUGUGACAUUGGCUGCAGUUGUCUGAAGAGAGAUCCCAAACAACUUGAACCGAUACAGUUUGUUGUCGGGCGAAAUGACGCCAUCUACUUCUACAACAUCGACGGACGCGGGCCUAGCCUUGCCUAUGACGGCCAGAAGACAUUUCUCUACUGGUUCAAAAACUACCUGGUGGUGGUGACGCUGAAUGAUGUGAUGAAUCGCUCGACACAGUCUCCCUCUUCGUCUUCUUUUUCUGCCGCAUCCUCUUCACUGCUGAGCAGUGCCACGGCGAAUCUCAUCACCAUCUACGACAUUGCCCGCAAGUUCAUCGCCUUCUCCAGUCCCCUGCCCGCCGUGAACCAGGUCAUCGCCGAGUGGGGCCAGCUGUACAUUCUGACGGUGGACAAGCGCGUCGCCGUCUUCAACGAGUGCGACACGCCGGCCAAGCUGGAGUUGCUCUUCCGAAAGAAUCAGUUCUCACUGGCAAUUGAUCUGGCAAAGGCGCAGUCGUACAGUGCCGACUCUCUGGCGGACAUGUUCAAGCAGUACGGCGACCACCUCUACUCGACGGGCGACUUUGAGGGCGCCAUCGCCCAGUACUGCCAGACGAUUGGCAUUCUCGAGCCGUCCUACGUGAUACGAAAGUUCUUGGACCUGCAGCGAAUUCACAACCUGACGGCGUACCUGCAGGAGCUGCACAAGCGACGAGUGGCCACUGAGGACCACACUACCCUUCUCAUAAACUGCUACGUCAAGUUGAAGGAUGAGCGUAAGCUGAAUGAGUUUCUCCGGCCCUCGGACACUGUCUUUGAUGUGGACACGGCUAUUCGUGUGCUGCGCCAGGCUGGCUACUUUGAUUAUGCGGUGAUGCUGGCGAAGAGACACGGUCGCUAUGAUGCCUACUUCUGUACACUGCUCGAAGACAAGGCAGACUUUCGAAGUGUGCUUCAGACGUUCAGGGAACUGCUCAAGGAGGAAAGGGGAGACAUGGUCAGUCAGUAUCUCAGCAAGUACGGACGACUUUUGAUGGCUGAUGAGCCUCAUCAGACGACACAACUUUUGAAGACACUUUCAGCGCACUUGCUCAGACAGAAUGUCAAAAGUCGGUCAAUCAUUCUAUCUGGCAAUCAAAGUUCAGAUUUAAGCAACGUGUUUGACAUGACCGACUUUGCUUCAGCAUUACACGACGACAGUCUCGACAAUUCUGAGUUUAGAUGUGAGAAGUUUCUGCACAUCUUCCUCAACCACCCGGCAAAACUCAUUGAGUACCUGGAGUUUAUCAUCGCCGAAUCAAAGUCAAUCGUUGACGCCGAGGGAAACAGUAUUCCUGUUUCGUUUGAAAUAAGCAAUACACUACUAGAAAUGUACCUCUACUCGUACAAGAGUCAAAUUAGAGAAGACGGUUUGGCUGAAAACGAGGCAAAGAUUAUGAGUUUUCUGCGCAAUGAAGGCGCAAACUACGACUCAAAGAGGGCGAUGAUCAUCUGUCAGAUGAGCAACUUCACCCCUGGCGUUCUUUACCUCUACGAGAAAAGCCAGAUGUUCAAGCAGAUUCUGGCGUACUAUGUUUCACGUGGCGACAGUGACAAGGUGAUUGAAGUCUGCAAGCAGUACAGUGAAAAGGCGCCCAAUCUGUGGGUGGACGCACUAUGGUACUUUGCUGAGCGUUACAAUGCUGGGCAGGAAGCAAACAUUUUACUGGUUUUGAAAGAAAUAGAACAGCAGAAGCUACUGCCACCGCUUAUGGUAAUGGAGAUCGUCUUAAGACAUGGCAAAGUGACAUUGGGAGUGCUACAUGACUACCUGACACGAUGUAUUAGCGCUGAACAUGAGGAAAUAGAAAAGGAGGAACAGCAGAUUAAGGCGAAUCAAGAAGAGUGCGAGACGAUUCGCGCCCAAAUUGAGGACCUCAGAGAGAAGCCGCGCAUCAUUCAGGCGUCCAAGUGCUCUGCCUGCACACAUCCACUGGAGCUGCCCUCGGUGCACUUUGUGUGCGGCCAUUCAUUUCACGGCAACUGCUUUGAAAGCUUCAAGGGAAAUGGUGAAGAGGAAGAGGAGGACUGUCCGCUGUGUCUGGACAAGAAUCGUUCAAUACUGAAUGAGGUCAGCCAACUUGACAGCGUGAAGAACGUCAAUGAGCUCUUUCAGCAGGAGCUGUCGCAGAGCAAGGAGCCCUUUGAGGUGAUCGGUCGCUACACCAGUCAGGGCCUUUUUGACCCGUUGACCACCGGUGAAUAG